AAUUAAUUUCCGCCCUUUUUUCUUGACGAAGACCCCACUUCUUCCCCCUCAUAUGCAUUCCUUACUCUCUCAGGGUCACAACAAACCCCCCACCGCCAUAUUACUCCCCCCUGGUUAACUUUAGAACUUCUGUGUCGGCUUUGUUUAUUCAGAUCAUGGCAACCAACGGAGUUCUCGCUCUUGACGAGCCACACAAGACAUUCGACACGAUCCUCACCCUCGAUUUCGGGUCGGUGACUCCUACGCGUCUCUUACACGCAAAAAACCGUGUCGUUCUAACAAAACCACAGAUCUCAAUAUUCCCAUCUGAUUACGAGACGACUGCGUGAGCUCAAUGUUUACUCUGAGAUGCUCCCUUGCACCCAGAAGCUGGCCGAGCUUUCCUGGAAACCAAAGGGCGUUAUCCUCUCAGGAGGUCCAUAUUCCGUCUACGAAACAGACGCACCACAUGUCGACGCAGCUAUCUUUGAGCUCGGAGUACCGAUUCUUGGGAUAUGCUAUGGAUUGCAAGAGAUAGCAUGGCACCACGGGAAGAAUGUUGUUGCUGGAACCGAGAGGGAAUAUGGACAUGCAGACGUUCAGGCCAAGAGACACAAUGGCCAUGUCGACAAGCUUUUCAAGGAUUUGGAGGAUGAUUUGAGGGUGUGGAUGUCGCACGGAGACAAACUCGGUGCACUUCCUGCCUCGUUCCACACCAUUGCGACCACCAAAAACUCUCCCUAUGCAGGCAUUGCACACGAAACGAAACCUAUUUAUGGAAUACAAUUUCACCCCGAGGUAACCCAUACACCGCGGGGAGUCAAACUGCUGGAGAACUUUGCCGUGGGUAUAUGCGGGGCAAGACAAGAUUGGACGAUGGCCAAGUUCGUGGACAAAGAAAUUGCCCGAAUCCGAGCCCUGGUAGGAGACAAGGGACAGGUUCUUGGAGCCGUCAGUGGAGGAGUUGAUUCCACCGUCGCCGCAAAACUCAUGCACGAAGCCAUUGGCGACCGAUUCCACGCUGUACUGGUGGACAACGGCUGCAUGCGUCUCAACGAAUGCGAGCAGGUGAAGAAGACCCUGACCGAGCACCUGGGCAUCAACCUGACUGUGGUCGACGCCUCCGACCUCUUCCUCGACGGUUUGAAAGGCAUAUCCGACAACCCCGAAGCCAAGCGAAAGUUCAUCGGCAGCACCUUCAUCGACGUCUUCGAAGCCGAAGCCUUGAAGAUCGAAGAAGCAGCCAAAAACUCCCCCAAAGCCGGCCCCAUCAAGUUCUUCCUCCAAGGAACCCUCUACCCCGAUGUAAUCGAAAGCAUCUCCUUCAAAGGGCCCUCCGCAACCAUCAAGACGCACCACAACGUCGGCGGCCUCCCUGAGCGCAUGAUGAACGGCCAAGGCCUCAAGCUCAUCGAGCCCCUGCGCGAGCUCUUCAAAGACGAAGUCCGCGAACUAGGCCGCCAACUGGGAAUCCCGCAUGACCUGGUGAUGCGCCACCCUUUCCCCGGCCCAGGUAUUGCAAUCCGGGUGCUGGGCGAGGUGACACGCGAGCAGGUUGCCAUUGCACGAAAGGCAGACCACAUCUUCAUCGAGGAGAUCCGAGCGGCGGGUCUAUACGACCAGAUCAGCCAAGCGUUUGCUGCGCUGUUGCCCGUGAAGGCGGUUGGCGUUAUGGGAGACAAGCGUGUGCAUCAGCAGGUGAUUUCGCUGCGUGCUGUGCAGACGACGGAUUUCAUGACCGCCAAUAUCUUCCGCUUCGACUGGGAGUUCUUGGAGCGGGUGUCGACUCGGAUUGUGAAUGAAGUUGACGGGGUGUGCCGUGUGGAGUAUGACUUGACGAGCAAGCCCCCUGGAACCAUCGAGAUGGAAUAGGGGCACCCGUUAGAAUCCGAGUCCCUCAGACUCUUUUCCACUCGAAAAUUCUUACAUCUGAUACCCAAUUUUUGGUGUGCUGGCGUUAAUGAUGGGAAUUGAUAGAUAGAUGAUAGAUGGCGACUUUGCCAAAUUAAAACCCGGAAUCCUUUAGAAUCACAAGUC